GAGUAAUGGCGGUUCGGGUUUGGAUCCCAAUUACUCGAUCCAUGUCGCUGCUCGCUUCCUCCUAUAACGUUACUAGGGCUCUCGCCGGACUGCGUAAAUCCUAGCCCAUGGAGGACUCCGCGAGGAGUGGAGAAGGACUGCAAGCCUCGUGCUUGGAGGCCGAGGCUGCGACCGUUCCCCCUUCCACCCAAAGCCUCCACUCUUCUUCGCCUCCCCUCUCCAAUCCUCUUCCCCACCCGCUGCCCGCCGCCGAGAGCUCACCGCCGGCCCCCAGGUUCGACCGCCACGCCGACCCCAUGGCGGCCUUCUCCGGCCCCCAUUGCUUCCCGAACCCCCCGCCGUCUCGCCCUAAUGGGGUGGCAAAUUGCUAUGUAUUCAAAAGUCGAUUGCAAGAGUAUGCACAGAAAGUUGGCCUUCCAACUCCUGAAUAUCAAACUGUGAAGGAAGGCCCUUCACAUGAGCCUGUUUUCAAGUCAACAGUGAUUGUUAAUAAUGUUAGAUAUGAUUCUUUGCCUGGAUUCUUCAACCGCAAGGCAGCCGAACAGUCAGCUGCUGAGAUUGCACUUAUGGAAAUACACAAGUCAGGCCAGAUGAAAGAAAAUUUACCUACAGUUCAUGAAACUGGCCUAUGCAAAAAUCUGCUUCAGGAGUAUGCACAGAAAAUGAAUUAUGCAAUCCCGUCCUACGUAUGCAAUAAGCAACCCUCCGGGACAAAUCCAUUUACAUGUACUGUUGAGGUCGGUGGGAUUCAGUAUAUUGGAGCUUCUGCAAGAACAAAAAAGGAAGCAGAGAUAAAAGCAGCACGAACAGCUCUUCUAGCAAUCCAGAGACAGUCAGAGACAGGAACAAAUGGUGCCUCGCAGUAUGCUGUUCUUCCUAGCAAGAAGAAGGGGAAAGAGCAGGAAACAAACACUGAAGCCGUGAAACAACUUAAACCCAAGAAGACUAAUUUUAAGAAAAAAUGGUCUAAAAGGAGAUUUGCUCGAAAUAAAGAUGAGCGGGUGGUGCAAUCCACCAAUGAUGAACUUGGAAAUGUUGAGAUAAAUGAUGCUUCAAGGGUUUCCGGCAAUGAUGCUGGGAUGUCCGAGGUGAGCAAGGAUUCUCAAGGUCAGGUUGGGGGAUCGGUCAUAUUUGAGAAUCAGCAAGGUCUGAACAUGCCAUCAAUGGAGACCAAUGGACAUUGCCAUGACAAACAAGAGGGACUGGAUUUUCAUUGCAGCGGGCAAGGUAGCUCCAACAUGGACGCUUCAACAAGAGUGAUGGGUGAAAAUAUGAGGUAGUUUUGGGAUUUCACCUCCAAAAAAGCUAGAAAAUUCACCUGUGAGGAACUAGCUUAGAGUCAGGUGAAGGGUAGAUUCUGGUUUAGCGGUAACUGAUUUGUGCAUUGGAGUGCCCAAGGCUCAGAUUCUCAGAUUGUAGUAGCAUUUCCGACUUGGAUUCAGUGAUUUGCCUCUCUUAUAGGUGUCUUCUUUUACUCUCUCAUACAGGAAUGUAGUUGCGUUUCUGACAGAUUCAGUGAAUUACCUCUCCUUACCCGUCCAUUGUUUUAUAUUCGAAGAAAGAAUAUUUAUCAUUAAUAUGACAAUUUCUAGCUGAAUCGUAUAUUUGGUUAAUGAAGAGGUAAUCGUUGUACUUUGGCAUUUCUUGCAAUGCUGUCA